GGAAAGGGAGAGGAAAGACGGGAAAAAAACCAGGGGAGUGUCCCAACAGGAAAGAAACUUCCCACACCAAUAACAACAUUAUUUAUGAAACCUUGUUAGGGAUCCCUCACUUUCUCUCUCUCUCUCUCUCUCUCUCCACCUAACAAUCGAAUUCCCAAAUUUUUAUUUUUUUAAAAAAUUGAAUUUUGGGAUUUUGGUUGAUAAUGGAGGGGAGAGAGCAGGUAGAGAACGUCAAUGGCGGUGGCAGUGUUGUAAAUAGACCGUCGCAGAAGUUUCCGUUGACGUUUUGGGAUAUGGCGGCCGCAUCCGGCGUCGUAUUGAGCUUCGGAGUAGGGCUUCUCUGCGUCUAUCUCACGAUGCCCGCAUCGGAUUACAGCUUCCUCAAACUCCCUCGUAGUCUCCAAGAUCUCCAAAUCCUCAGAGAUCACCUUGAGAACUACACAAGUGACUACACUAUACAAGUCCUCGUGGGGUACUGCAUGGUCUACAUUUUCAUGCAGACUUUUAUGAUUCCUGGUACUGUUUUCAUGUCAUUGCUCGCCGGUGCCCUUUUUGGAAUCUUUAAAGGCGUAGCACUGGUUGUGUUCACUGCCACUGCCGGUGCUUCUUCUUGCUUUUUCCUUUCCAAAUUGAUCGGUCGGCCCCUUGUCUUCUCUCUCUGGCCCGACAAACUUACAUUCUUCCAAACACAGGUGGCUAAAAGAAAAACAAGUUUGUUGAACUAUAUGCUUUUCCUAAGAGUCACCCCAACCUUGCCAAAUACAUUUAUUAACGUGGCGUCACCAAUCGUUGAUGUGCCUUACCAUAUCUUCUUCCUUGCAACCUUCAUUGGGAUUGUUCCUGCUGCUUACGUCACUGUCCGGGCUGGAAUAGCUCUCAGUGACUUGCAAUCAAUUGGCGACCUUUACGACUUCAACUCAAUAGCCACUCUGUUCCUUAUCGGGGUUGUAUCAGUUACCCCUACACUGAUGAACAAGAACAAAUCAUAGAAUUCGUCAGCUGAAACAGAGUCUGCUUAACAUGGUCUCCUUGGUCUCCAAGCAAAACUGAUUAUCACUACAUAUCUGUACAGAUUAGCAUAUCAAACAAUUGCGAUAUGUAGCAUUAUUAUAUAGCUAUAGAUCUCAUCAGUGCCGAAGCUGCAGCAAUUGGAGGUGGUAUUGAGUAGGGUUUGGAAAAUGGUUCCUCUUCAUUGUAUUGUGUAUUGUAUUGUUGGGAUGGGGGGGAAAAGAAUUAGUACAUCAUUGGGAUGUUAUCUGAGACUAUUGUUGUGGAGGGUGGUUAUCAAAUUGUAAUAUAAUUGGGGACAAACUAGUGAUGUUUCUUUGGAAGACCAUUGGGGGCUUUAAACUUCCACCACUUGGAAUAGGAAAACAAAAUAUUUGUCAUUUUGGUGUUA